AUGGAACGUUUGAUUGAACAAAUCUUUCGUGAAACUAAACCAGAAAAAAUAAAUCUAUAUGGUUCACUCGGUGAACAACCAUGGAAUUUAAAGAUCAGUCGUCAUCCAGAAAAAGAUCUGCGAAAAGAUGAUCAAAGUCCACUUUUACAUGCUUUAAUUUUACAUUUCACUGGUAUUACUCAUUUGGAUAUAAUUGGUUUGCAAAAUCUUGUUGAUGUUCGUGCACAAUUAGAUCGAUAUACAGUUAAAAAAAAUUAA